AUGCAUCACGCCGGCGGCGGCGGAGGCGGCGGAGGUGGCGGUGUCGUCGGCGGUGGUGGCGGCGGCGGCGGCGGCGCUGGUUACGGAAGCGGGCCGCAGGAGCGCGUUCACCAAGCUCCACGAGCGGUCCAGCCUGAUCAAAAGUGUCCCUACGAGACCUACCAGGCGCAAAUCCCGGACUGCUGCGCGGUAGCGGCGCAAGAUCAGUAUCCACGGCCGCCCAGUGCCUACGACGCCAGGUGCUACGACGAGUGCCAUCGCAGGACACCGUAUCAAGAGGAGCAGCCCUAUCCUCAGGAUGUAUCCUCGACAUUCCACCGGUCCCAGUCUAGACUGGGCUACGAGGAACGUCCUCAGUCCCGGGUGGGAUACGCCUCGGAUUCCAGGUGCGCCAGCGGGCUCGGAUACGACGACACCGGUGGGGGUUACCUGGAUCAGAGUGACCCGAGAAUGUAUUGCACCGGCGGCUAUUGCAUGGGAGAUACGAUGAUGGCGACGAGCAGAGGCGUAUGCGGCGAAGAGGUCGAACUCGACAUGCGGAGGCACAUUCAGGCAUGCGCCUGCACAUGCAACCACAUGGGCUACGGAAAUUACAUGGACUAUCAGACCACGUGCCUAACAGAACUGCCAGACGUGGCGCCUUGCAACGGCACCGUGCGACUACCACCGCCGUGCGAGGACUCGCCUAGCAGCGGCAGCAGCAAGGAUCGCAGAGACGAGAGUCCUCGCAGGAGGUGUCGGCUGUUGGCACCUGUCCUGGUCCUAGUGGUCGUUCUGCUCCUCGGAGGCCUCUGUCUGCCGUUUCUACUACAAUCCGCGCCUGCCACGCACCAGCAGAGGCUGGACGUGAUCAGGAGGAUUCUCACUGAAGUGCCUCUGAUCGACGGGCACAACGAUUUGCCCUGGAAUGUCAGAAAGUUCGUACACAAUCAACUUGGCGAAGUUAACCUGAGCAGCGAUCUCGGCAGGGUCGACCCAUGGGCCAGAUCAGACUGGAGUCACACGGACAUCCCUAGAUUACGCGCUGGCCUCGUCGGUGCACAGUUUUGGUCCGCCUACGUUCCUUGCGGUGCCGCUCAGUUAAAUGCAGUUCAACUCUCAUUGGAACAGAUCGAUGUAAUUCGUCGACUCGCCGAAAUGAAUGCUCAACAUUUAACCCUGGUUACCUCCGUCAAAGGUCUCAUCGAGGCACAUAGAGAAGGCAAGAUCGCAAGUCUAAUCGGAGUAGAAGGUGGCCAUUCCUUGGGGAAUUCCUUGGGUGUCCUCAGGACAUUUUACGGUCUGGGCGCGCGAUAUCUUACUCUGACACAUGCGUGUGACACCUCCUGGGCAGUCUGUUCUGUUGGCGAGACGAACAACACUCAGGACUCCACGCCGGGCCUCAGCGAAUUUGGGAAAGCAGUUGUCAGGGAAUUGAACAGGCUGGGCAUGCUGGUCGAUCUCUCGCAUGUCUCGACAAGAACGAUGAGGGCGGCUCUGCAGACGACGAGGGCGCCGGUGAUCUUCUCGCACAGCGCUGCCAGAGCGCUGUGCAAUUCCACCAGAAACGUGCCGGACGACGUGCUCAGAAAUCUGGCUAAGAAUGGCGGAGUGGCGAUGGUCCCUUUUUAUACCUACUUCAUAACAUGCAACAGCACCGCUACUAUAAAAGACGUUAUUGCACACAUCAAUCAUAUUCGAAAGGUGGCUGGAAUCGAUCACGUUGGGAUCGGAGCGGGUUUCGACGGGAUAAAUUUUACUCCUACGGGUUUAGAGGAUGUCUCGAGGUAUCCGCAACUAUUGGCCACCUUGUUAGAGGAUCCUACAUGGACGGAGGAUGACAUCAAAAAACUAGCUGGCCUCAACUUAUUGAGGGUAUUUGCAAAAGUCGAACAGGUUCGUGACGAGUGGCACAGAGCAGCGGUGUUACCUGUGGAGAAGAUCAGUCCACCAGACAACUCGGCCUGCGUUUACGGCGCAUCCUGA